AUGUCUGACCACCACAUCCUCGACUUACCGGUCCCCCCGCAGGACGUGAACGAAUAUGGUUGGUCCGCGUUCGAAGACUUGCUUCUGAGCCAUAUGCUUAAGUCCCGCGCCGAAAAUCCCCAGCUGAUGAUCCAGUUCGGCUUCAUCCGAAGCGGUUCCUGGGUACACAUCUACCGAGAAUUCACCCCAGAGGAAAAUCGUCGAUACGGGGACGACGGGCUUCAGCGAUUUGGAAAAUAUACUUCUGAGACCGAUGAGAUCCGAGUCACGUUUCACCUGGAGAGGGAUCGAAAGCACAUUGACGAAUAUGUAUACAUGGUGGUGAUGCCUUGGUUGAGGACGUCGGAGGUGACGAUCUGGCCGGUGGGUACCGGCAUGGUAUGGCAUUGGAAGAAAUAA